UGGUAUCUUCACCACCAGAGAGUACCGCAUGAAAAGGACAGCUUGUCCAAAUAGCCUAUGCCACAUGCUUAACACAACAACACUUGCACGUCGUCCGGUUUAUGAUCUACCGGUCUCUGUUCUCUCCAAUGCUGUAGUUCGAUUCUUUUUGUAAUUGCUUCAGUAACUCGUUCGCCGUGAGUGCCAUCCACCAUGAUCCGCUCCGUCGCAUUAGCAGCUACAGCUGCAUACCUGCUUUUGAACCCCGCUGCGGCCGCGGGCUUGUAUACAAAAGGGUCGCCGGUUCUCCAGGUCGAUAGUACAAACUAUGACCGUCUCAUUACAAAAUCCAACUACACAUCUAUCGUCGAAUUCUACGCGCCUUGGUGCGGACAUUGCCAGAGCCUCAAGCCGGCAUACGAAAAAGCGGCCAAGAGCUUAGAUGGCCUCGCCAAGGUCGCCUCGGUCAAUUGCGACGCGGAAGAGAAUAGGCCGCUCUGCGCUCGUUUUGACGUCAAAGGAUUCCCGACUCUCAAGAUCAUCAAACCGUCGAAGAAGCCAGGAAAACCCACGGUGGAGGAUUAUCAGGGCCCGCGGACUGCGAAAGGCAUUACCGAUAUCGUUGUGGACAAGAUCCCGAACCAUGUCACAAGGGUCAAGGACAAUGAGCUAGACGGCUGGCUCGAUCAGGACAAUAGUACGGCGAAGGCGAUUCUCUUCACUGAGAAAGGCACGACGAGCGCAUUGUUGCGUGCACUGGCCAUUGACUUUUUGGGUAGCAUCAAUGUUGCGCAGAUCAGAAACAAGGAGGAGAAGGCAGUGGAGGCGUUUGGUAUCGCCAAGUUUCCGAAGCUAGUUCUCCUCCCAGGGGGCGACAAGGAAAGUUUGGUUUACGAUGGGGAGAUGAAGAAGGAACCGAUUUCGAAAUUCCUUUCUCAAGUCGCUACUCCGAAUCCGGAUCCUGCGCCUGCACCGGAGAAGGCGAAGAAGCCGAAGAAGGCUUCAAAGGCGAAAUCAACCGAGUCGGAUUCCUCUGAAGAGGAAAUUCCCCAUGACAAGCCUCAAAAACCCAUCAUUCCGGACGAAGCGACUGAAGAGGCUUCCAGUGCCCCACUAGUCGUCGCCGGAGCCCCAGAAAUCCCCGAAGCCCAGGCUGGUGCCGACCUCCAAGCUGCUUGCCUCUCGACCAAAUCCAAGGUGUGUGUUCUUGCCCUCCUGAACCAAAAUUCGGACGGCGACGAGAGCGCAUCACAACUACUUGGCAGCCUCAGCGACAUUGCCUUCAAACAUGUCCAGAGGAAGGCGAAAAUCUUCCCAUUCUACUCGGUCCCGUAUGGAGAAGAACAGGAGAAACUUCGAGAGCAGCUUGGUUUGAAGCCGAGCAGCGACCUCGAUCUGAUCGCGACGAAUGGCAAGCGGUCGUGGCUCAAGCGAUACGGAGGCGAGAACUACGGCGUGAUGGCGGUGGAGACCUGGAUUGAUGCAAUUCGAAUGGGAGAAGGAAAGAAGGAGAAGUUCCCUGAGGGUGUCAUCGGGGUCGAAACCGUGGAGCCGGAACCGGAGGCACAUCAGGAGGAGUCGCAACCGAUCAUUGACGAUCAGGAGAACCCAUUGAAGGUUGAGAUCGUCGAAGAGAUCAUUGAAGAGACCUCUCAGCAUGAUGAGUUGUGAGACCUACGGACGUCUUUGGACUUUCCAUGUACUAUAUGAAUUCUAGGCGUUCCGCAACAGGCGAUAUUCGGAAAUGUUUACCAUUGAAGCGCUAGCAUUUCAUAGGAAACUCGGAUUGACUUCGCACCUGCCUUCGCUUCCGAGGCGGAGUUGCCCGAUAUUAAGUGAUUGAAUCAAAAUCUCUGGCAUCGUGCAUGGGAGUGGAUCCGAACGAAAAUUUCUGGACGUUCGAGACCGCAACGCGUGGGAUUUCCGCUGCCUUGCGCGGGUGGUGAAUUGAUAUCCAAUAAUCGUGUCCUGCUAGAUUCACCUUACGUUAUAGUGCC